UUCUAUGAUCUCCCUCCAACUGCUCAGUGACCCUUCAUUUCACCUACAUUCAGUGCUUUAAGUGGGCCGGUACGGAGCGGUACGCAGUACCGGCACUUCUAAAUUGUACCCAUCAGCGUACCGGAAAUUAUUUACUGUGUGCGGCGCGUACCGGUACUGCUCUUUCCAGAUUCCCCAUCAGUCAGUAACUCCCCCCGAUCUCCCCAAAGUCUACAGGUUGGAUUUGUUGAUUAAGGUGUUUUGAUGCUCAAAGCUUGCCGUACAGACGUAAAGAUAAAGUAAAGGCGCGAUUGGCCAUCCCGCGGCUCGCGAGCCGCAUGCGGCUCUUUGGCCGGUGUCAUGCGGCUCUUGCAACUUUAUUUGAUAGGUGCAGUGAAAGACAGACUCGUACGAAGUGGGUGCAAAAUAUGCCGUGACUGGAAUCGAACCCGCAUUCCCUGUACGCAAGUCGCCUGCUCAUCCCGUUGAGCUAGACGGGCGCGCUCGUGGUUGUGACGGAAAUAACUUGUAGGGACAAAAUGCAAGGCCAAACGGAAAUAUACAAAUUUACAUAGUCCCAUAUUUGUAUGACUGGAGGGGGAGAGUACUGGCACUUAUUUUUUCCCACUUAAAGCACUGCCUACAUUCUCUACUCAACUCCACCUCUCAAGAUUCUUCCCUCUUGUUUUUUUUUUACGCAAUUGAUUUCCUCCUCCUAUUAUUUUGAUUUGCUUUUAGCAUAGCUGUCCUGUUCUUCAACCUCCUCAAUAAGAAAAAAUGUGUGUGCAGCUCUUCCAGUAUGGCGACACUGUGGAUACACACCAUCUCAGUUCUGCUCUUACUGGCCGUGACCCGUCCGAGCACAGAAGCCACUAGUUUACUGCAACUGUGUGGCCAGCCUCUGGUGGAUGCCCUUUACGAAGUCUGUGGAGACAAAGGCUUCUACUACGAAUCACGCACACCGAAUCGAGGGAUUGUGGAGACCUGCUGUCACCAGCCCUGCCGCCACUCUGAACUGGCAAACUAUUGCGCCGACUGAGCUGGCAGGCACCAGUACGUAUACCUGUCACUUUCUGCUCAGCCAUGCUUAGCAUAACUUAGCUUUUUAGCUGACUUAGCAUGCAACACUAAAUUAAUCCAUAAAUCCUUCCCACCUGGAGGCCCGAAGCGUGGAGACGUUGCGGAUAGCCAGCUGUUUGGGUCAAUGUGCCAAUGAAUUGAUGGCAAUAUUUUUCCUAGAAAAUAAAGUUUUAUGAGUUUAGAAGUUUGAAAAGUUAUCUUUUAUCCUUCCUUCUGUUGAUCUUUAUUCAUUUUAUCCAUUAGCCACUAGUAUAAUUUAAUUGACUUUAACAUAAAUAAAACACACUGGCAAGUUCCUUGGCAGUGUUUCCUGUAUACUGUUGCCAUUUGUCUUCAUUUCUCUGUUUUUUCAACAUCUGUGUUCAAAACUUCAUGUGCAACAGCUCAUUAAUCUAAUCUUAUAUAAAGGAAAUAAAAUGAGUUAAUUUUCAAUUCUUGUUUUAUUUACAGUAAUUCAGUGAAUAUAACAAUUCAACGAAAAACAUUCUCCAGCCUCUACAAUGUGUUACACACUGAUAAAAUACUAAUAAAACAAAUAAUUUAGUUUGUCAAGAAAAAAAAGGAAAUAACAUUCCACCUAAAUGCUUUCCCACCUCUGAAAAGACUAAACUGUAGUUCGUACUGUAUUGCAAAACAGAUUAAAACCAGGUGAUGGAUGGGAUGAAGUGA